GGUAUGAAGCUGUGUGCUUUACACAAGUCACCGACCAAGAAGGCUGGAGUUUGCACCCCCAGGUGGUCUAAAAUCCUUUCAGAUUACCACCACAUCCGAGACCUGGUGCUUAACAGUCGAAGGCUGAUGGAUGAAACAAUGAUCCAGCUGUUUGAGCUGAACCAGAGGACACUCAUUCAGUGGUUUCAAUGGCAGCAGAAGAAUCAGCAAAUGAGUGUCCUUGCCCAGGGACUGACUCCAUCUGACCCAAUUGAUGUGGCUGAUAUGCAGCUUCCUCUGCCGAGGGAAAAAUUGGAUGACGUGCCAUCAACAUCAGGCCCAAAACAUCAAUUUAUCCUUCCGCCAAAUCGAGAAGGACAGGCUCCAAUUCUGCGACCGGGUCGCCGGCCCACUGCUGCCAAAAGGGAGUGCCCUAUCGCACCCGUCCCCACAGCAGCAGGAGUUGUGCAGCCCAUUUCAGCACCUGGGUCACUGUUAGGCACACUAGUCCUUAACCCAGACAUGACUGUGUCGAUGGUGAUUUCAUCUUCUGGUGCUUUGACAUCCGGUCCAGGCCCAGCUCCGCCUGCUCCAGCGCCUGCUCCAGCGCCUGCUCCAGCGCCUGCUCCAGCGCCUGCUGCUUCUGUGUCCCGUUACACCCAGAGGAACAGGCGCCGGCGGGCCCUGGAGACGGAAAGCGGAGUCCAUAAGAGGAAGUAUGUGCGAGGGGUAACUUUUAACAAGUGCAGCGAAUGUGGGCAGCCCAAAACUAAAGAGUUUGGUCAUAGCCGAUAUGGGAAUGCCACAUUUUGCUCACGCUCCUCUAAUGGAAAAACUUUAGAUGAUUGGUUGGCAGAACAGCGGCAGGCAAAAUAA